AAAUUAAAAUUCCCAACUGCCGAAGCAAAAUAAAUCAGUUUGUAAACUUUUCCUUCCUUAUUUAUUUUCUCUUUAUAUUUCAUUGGAGAUCGAAAUACAAAAAAAAUUUGUUUUCCCGGGAAAAUAUUUUUCAUUAUCAAGCUGCGCAAUCACAGGUUUCAGGAGCCUGACACUUCAUGCCUCUUUUUGCUAAAAGCUAAAGUUGGUAUCCGGUCUUAGUAUAAUUUGUAGUUAUUUGCUGUGGAAAAUAUUCUUUAGGCACUAUUGUGGCAGGCAAGAAGGCUGGCUUUCCUCUGUUGCAAUAUAAUAUCUUGUGGGAUGGAGUGGUUUCCUUACAGUUGACACAAAGAAAACAUAAAAAGGGGAAAAAAACUGUGACGAAAGAAAGAGGGCUGAUAAAGUGUUUAGGGACACAUGUAAAGUUUCAACUAGAGUAUCACAAGCACCUUUUAUUUAUUGGCGGAUCAAGUGGAAUUUUUAAUAUAGUUCUGCUCAAUGGGAUGGAGAGGGGUUUUCUAUUCAUUGUUUUUUCUUCUCAAUCUUGUUGAGUCCUCAACAAGAUCAGGGAAAAUGUGGUCACUUAACUUGCAUGCUGAGUCAGCAAUAGCCUUCAGCUGGCCUAUCUACAGUGCAAGCAUAUUUGUCGCCGUUGCUGUUCUGCUCUCCAUGUAUCUUAUCUUUGAGCAUUUAGCUGCUUAUAAUCAGCCAGAGGAGCAGAAGUUUCUAAUUGGUCUCAUUCUGAUGGUUCCUGUUUAUGCUCUAGAAUCGUUUUUGUCACUGUUGGAUUCAGGCGCUGCAUUCAACUGUGAAGUAAUUAGGGAUUGCUAUGAGGCGUUUGCAUUGUAUUGCUUUGAGCGGUACCUGAUAGCUUGCUUAGGUGGUGAGGAAAGUACAAUUGAGUUUAUGGAAAGUCAGAGCCUAGUUGAUUACAGCACCCCUCUUUUGAAAGAAGCAUACACAUCUUAUGGAGUAGUAGAACAUCCUUUCCCAUUAAAUUGCAUCAUAAGAUAUUGGUAUCUUGGUGCCGACUUCUAUAAUGCUGUAAAAAUUGGCAUUGUUCAAUAUAUGAUAUUAAAGAUGAUCUGUGCACUGUUAGCAAUGAUUCUAGAGACUUUUGGGGUUUAUGGGGAAGGGACGUUUGAUUGGAGAUAUGGCUAUCCAUACUUGGCUGUUGUUCUUAAUUUUAGUCAGACGUGGGCUCUAUAUUGCCUUGUUCAAUUCUAUACUGUUAUUAAAGAUAAAUUAGAACCGAUUAACCCUCUGGCAAAAUUUCUCACUUUCAAAUCAAUCGUAUUCCUGACAUGGUGGCAAGGCAUUGCUGUUGCAUUUCUUUUCUACAUGGGAGCUUUUAAAGGAUCUUUGGCUCAGGAGCUUAAGACACGCAUACAAGACUACAUCAUCUGUAUAGAGAUGGGUAUUGCUGCAGUGGUGCACCUGUAUGUCUUCCCAGCUGUACCUUACAAGCGUGGAGAAAGAUGUGUUCGUAAUGUGGCUGUAAUGACUGACUAUGCAUCAUUAGGAACACCUCCUGACCCAGAGGAGGUUCGUGACUCUGAAAGGUCAACUAGAAUACGCAUGGCUCGUAAUGAUGAGCGAGAAAAACGUUUGAAUUUCCCCCAAAGUGUUCGUGAUGUGGUCCUUGGAAGUGGAGAAAUUAUUGUUGACGACAUGAAGUACACAGUUUCACAUGUAGUAGAACCUGUUGAGAAGGGAUUCGCAAAAAUAAAUAAAACCUUGCAUCAGAUAUCUGAAAAUGUGAAACGCUAUGAGGAGAAGAGGAGGAGCUCUAAGGAUGAUAGUUAUCUAAUCCCCAUGAAUUCAUGGUCGGGGGAAUUUUCUGGAGCUCAUGAUAAUCUUGUGGAAGGUAGUGUUAGUGACAGUGGUUUGUCCAAUAAACCGCAUCACCAAUCCAAGGCCUCAGUAUCUCGUAAUAGAACUGGUAGAUAAUGUUUCACAUCUUUAUGUCUUGUGUAAAUACAAAGUAACACAAAUUGCAUUAGAUGUGCGUCAUGAUUUUUAGACGCUGUCCAUAAACUUUGGUAAGCAUUUAGAAAUCAUUCUGUUUCUACUGAAUUCCUGGGGCAAAGCAUCUUCAAGUGUCCUUAGUCCUUGUUUUUGUCUGUAUAGGGGACAAAGCAUCUCCAAGUGUCCCUAGUCCCUAAUUCUUACCAUAAAAUGGUCCAUUACAUUCACACUUUAUUUUGUUUGUACUGAACUCUUAACAAUGAAUUGCUGACAUUAAUACAGCAAAAGGAAUUAGUCAA